UGGUGUCAGUGCAAUCAUCUUCUUCCAUGGAAUUCAUAGACUCCACAUUCUCAGACACAGGCAUGGGAUCUUUGUCCUACAAACAUCUGGAGCUCAAAUGGCUCAUUCGUGAACACCUCUUUUCACUCUUUUAUGACUUCCCUUCAUUCAUCCCUUCAGCAGAAAAUUAUAUUCAUAACGACGGCACUGUUGUUCACCUUCUAAACGUCAGCGGUUAUCUUACAGUGCCUCCAUCGAAGCUGCCAAUACUAAUGACCAUAUGGUUAAAAGAAGACUAUCCUUUCACUGCCCCUCUGGUCUAUAUUUCGUCUCACUCUGAAGCCAAGAUACAUCAUCAACAUCCUUUUAUUGAUCCGUCUUCUUGUUCUACUCAUUGCCCUUAUCUGGAAACAUGGAAGUACCCUAGAUCAAAUUUAUCCGACCUAACACGUGAAAUUGUCGAGGUCCUUAAGAUAUGUACCCCAUACCCAGAUUUUGUUGAUGAAUCUUUAGAAAUGAUCACGACAAACAGGAAGGAUAUUGAGCUCCAGCUUGCUAGGCAAGUCCAUCAUGAUAAGGGAUGUUUCAGAGCUCAAGUAGAGGAAGACAUAGAGCACUUGCUAGGCUUGCAAGGCAUGCUCCUUGAAAGAGCUGACAGAUUAAAUUUUUUCAUACACGAGCUUGAGAAAGAGAGGAUGAGUCUAAGAGAUGCUGUGCUUAACAUGGCCUUAGAUGUUGUAGUCAUCUUGGAAUGGUUGAGAGCUAACGAUGAUAUAGAGGAAGUGGUGGAUGUUGUUGAUGAGGCAUCAAAGUGUUUGAUUGAGAGUGAGGCAGUCGACAGAGCUAUAGACGAUGUCAUGGAAGCCAUUUGGAAGGAAGUUGACGAGGGAAGGAUAAAGUUUAGAGAAUAUCUUAAGCAAAUUAGAAAUUUGGCAAGAGAGCAGUUCUUCCACAGAGCUUUGAUCAUUGAACUAGGAACUUGAUGAUGUGUGCUUCUUUUGUUGAAUAUGUUAUGUUCUGUGUUUGAAUGUUUUUACCGCAUUAUCUAUAAACUUAGUAGUUUUAUGUAAAUAGUGAACGAUUUGUAAAAUGCUAUUAAAUGAACUCUGCUGGUUAGAGAGAC